AUGGCACGAAAGCCUGCACCUCCGCCGCCACCACCUUCCUCGAUCCGUGCUACCUCAAAGAAACCCGCAAAGCCCGUGGCCCCUUCCACGAACAGUGCUAUGACUAUCCGCGAGUUUUCUACGAUGGUUGCUGUGUCUUAUAACGAUUACCUUGCGAGAGCCGCUCCUGGACAUCAUCCCAAGAUGCACAAUGCAAUCGAUGAAGCAUACCUUGGGCCGCAAUUUGCUGAAUGGUCUCUUGAUUCUGAUUCAACGAUCGAGAUGCCAAAUCGUGGGGGCGCGCCGUGGGGCUUGGAGAGCAUCUCCCCAAUAUUCAGAGUUCACGAAAACUCCUCCUGGCGCCAGCAUAUUGAGUUCCUCUGGAACUUUCUGAGAACCGAUUUUCAGGUCAACGCCAAUACUAGCUGUGGCACACAUGUGCAUCUUUCACGAGCAGGGGGCUAUAGCCUCGCCGACCUGAAGCAAAUAUGUCAAAGUAUCAUUCAUUUUGAUCCCGCAUUUGAGGCCCUGUUACCCGAGGACCGACUAUCAAACGAAUAUGCGCGAAGUAAUUGGCUAGACAACGCGAAUUUCGGCCACCGGAAUCUAUCUCGAAAGCAGAGCAUUGCCGUGAUUCAACGCGCUUCCAGCAUGAGAGAAUUGGUUCUUCUCAUGAAUCCGGAUCACGACAAGAUGUUUGGGUGGAAUUUUCUUUACAAUUUAGAACCCAGAGGGCUAGUCUGA